UGAAAUGGAUACCAUAUUGAUGGUGGAAAAAUCAGAAGUCCCUGGCAUCGCUGUACAAUGUGAACUGCUGUUGCCCAAUGGACAUUUGCAAAGGACCUAUGAAUUCGACAUAAAGGAUAUUGGACUCCGACGUCGCCUUGUUCGCCAAUUUUAUGGAAUACUUAUCCUACAGGUGAUCUGCAGCUUGCCCUGCCUUGAGGUCCUACUGAAACAUAAUUUGCCUUACAAUUAUGUAAUGCCCAUAUCUAUGGUAAUCACCAUGUUCCUCUAUUCCUGUUUUUACAUUUGGCCGGAGUGGAGGAGACGUGCCCCUUACAACUACCUUGUGCUUUUGCUAAGUACAUGCAUCGGAUGCGUCAACAGAAGCGUAUACCUAUUGAAUUUAGUUCAAAAUCAUUGGUAAAUGUCUUUGAUCAGCUUCAACAGAAGAGUCUAUCUAGUAUCGCCUGCCUGUCCGCCUAGUGUCUUAGCUUAAAUCUAUCUCAAUGUAUCCCUGCCAACUUUUGCAUGUAACUUAAAAUAAUGUCGGUCUUACUCAUAUAU